CCAGCUUUUGGUCACAUGACUGAGGGGAAGUUGACAUUGGAGAACCCAGAGUGUUUGUGCUGGGUGGUGAAUCUACCUAAUAAACUCCUAACGUGAAGUCAAAACAUGUUGCGACUGUCCACGAUCACCCUCCUUCUGUUACCAUGGAUUCCAGUCUUCCUCUGCAAGGUUACUACGGAGGAAGAGUUUACAGUCCUGGAGGGGGGGUCUCUCUCAAUCCCCUGUCACUACGAGCCCCAGUAUGCCAGCUAUGUAAAAUACUGGUGCCAGGGGAGGACAAAGGAGUUCUGUACCAUUCUGGCUUGGACUGAUGACCGCCACCUGAUAACUACAGCUGAUCAGAAAGUGAACAUCUUUGAUGACCCGGUCCAGCUGGUGUUCACUGUGACCAUGAACGACAUGAAGGAGGGGGAAUCAGGGUGGUACAUGUGUGGUGUGCAGAUAGGUGGUAUGUGGAACGCUGAUGACACCAGCUUUACAAACAUUAAAGUCAUUCAUGGUAUGUUAGUUGUGAACAACAAGAUGAGUGGAGAAGAGGGAAGUUCUGUCACAAUUGAAUGCCUCUACAGUGAGAGAUACAGAAAAAGUGAGAAGAAAUGGUGUCGGAGUGGUGACUGGAGAAGCUGCCUGUCGACAGGUUCUGAUGGGAGUUACAACGAUUCCUCCGUGGCCAUCAGAGAUGACAGAACUGGGGCUUUCACUGUAACCUUUAAGAAGCUGCAGAUACAAGAUACAGCUUGGUACUGGUGUUCUGCAGGGCAGCAGAAGAUAUCUGUGCUCCUGCAGGUCACACCCCAACCCACAACCAUUGCACCCUUUACAAGCCAGUCCUUCCAUAACCUGCCCCCAACCAAACCCAUCACCUGGGAGUCCUGGAGCAGCCACAGUCCCAUGUUGGCACCUGUGGUGGUCGGUUCAUCCAUCAUUGUCCUGAUGAUCGUGGCCAUAUUGGCUAUAAAGUUCUCAAAGCUGAACAGUAUGUUAAGGAUGCCAUUUGAUGAGUGGACCAGAGGUGCAAGACAAGUGGAGAUAGUUGAGAGAGAACGAGUUGCAAGAGAAGUUGAGGAGAUGAAAGCUAAAUUCAGUGGCUACUCAAAAGAUGCAAGUGAAUUCCAAAAUGCUGCAGUGCUUUUUCUUAACAAGGAUUCCCAGGAUGUGCAAAUUUACUGAGAUCAGAGUCUGCAAUGUUUACUUUCACUAACUGAAUGUAAUUUGUUUUUCACUCUACUGCUCAGAGCUUGCACUCUGAGCAGAUAAUAGUGUUUUGUUUUUUUUUAUACUGCAUGCCACAACACACAUUCAAACAACUUGCUUUAUAUGUUGCUUUUCAUGAGACAUAUUUUCCAAUUUGCAAUCCUGACAGAGGGGAAUGUCAGAAGAGACACAUCUCACAGUGUUGUAAUUCAAAACAGAGAGAUGAUGUAUGCAUGCAUUGUGUUUUUUGAAUUAAAAUGUAAUGUUUUGGUCUAAUUCUUUUUUUACACUCAAAGAAGUACUCUACUAAAAUACAAUUAUCUCUCAAAUGUAUGUGUAUGUAUUCUGGAAAUUCAUUUUCCUUGAACUAUUGCUCUGUUAUUUUAUUCACAUUCUUUGCUUAUUUAAGGGAAGUUUUGUGAUUAAAAUGGCAAACCUAAUAAACAAUGUAAAAAUGUUUUUUGGCAUAAAGGCAUAUAGAAAAAGUA